AUGGCCUCCCUCCUCCGCUCCUCAGCUGCCCGCACCCUCCGCACAACCCGCCUCCUCCCAAUCCUCCAACCCCGCUUCCAAUCCACCCACAACGUCCACGAUCCCCCCCAAGGCAAUACACCCAUCCCAAAUCGCAGCACAACCAAGCGCCUCCCCGAAUUCAACCUCAACGACAAAGUCGUGCUCGUGACCGGCGCCGCGCGGGGUCUCGGCCUCGUGCAAGCCGAAGCGCUCCUCGAGGCCGGCGCGACGGUCUACGCCCUCGACCGGCUGGAGGAGCCGAGUGCGGAUUUCUACCGCGUGCAGAAGCGCGCGGCCGAGGAGCUGGGGACUACGUUGCAUUAUCGCCAGAUUGACGUGCGGGAUGUGGAGGGGUUGAAUGGGAUUGUCAAGGGGAUUAGUGAUAUGCAGGGCAAGAUUGAUGGGUUGAUUGCUGCGGCGGGGAUUCAGCAGGAGACGAGUGCGUUGGAGUAUACGGCCAAGGAUGCGAAUACGAUGUUUGAGGUUAACAUUACUGGCGUCUUCAUGACGGCCCAAGCGGUUGCGAAGGAAAUGAUACGGUGGAACCGCGGCGGCAGUAUCGUCUUGAUUGGAUCCAUGAGCGCAACGGUCGCCAACAAGGGUCUUAUAUGCUGCGCCUACAACGCCAGCAAAGCCGGCGUACUGCAGCUCUCCCGCAACCUCGCGGCCGAAUGGGGCCCAUACGGCAUUCGCGUCAACACCAUCUCCCCAGGCUAUAUCGUGACCGCCAUGGUGGAAAAGUUGUUCGAGCAGUACCCCGAGCGGCGGCGCGAGUGGCCGACGCAGAACAUGCUGGGGAAGUUGAGCAUGCCUCAUGAGUACCGCGGCGCGGCGGUUUUCCUCAUCAGCGACGCGAGUAGUUUCAUGACGGCCAGUGAUUUGAGGAUCGAUGGGGGCCAUUGUGCGUGGUAG